AUGAAACGGCUACUGAAGAUCAAAGAAUUCUUUCACCUGAAAAGGCGAGCUUUGACAGAGAAACAAAGCAGUGAUCGACCUGCAAAGCGUCCCCGCAAAACAUCAACGAAAGAUGAUGACGACGACUCCUCGACUACGAGCGCCGCAAGGAGUUCUUCCUACGAUACCUUUCUCAAGCUCUUUGAGAACGAAGUUGGCAAGGAUAUCGUGUGGUGGCUUCCAGGCCGUCUAGGGGAAGCGUUCGCCAUGAAUCAGGAACGCUUUGAGAAAGAGCUCCUGAAGGAACACUUUGAUGGGUAUACCCUCACUGGGUUUCUAGACAACUUCAAGAGAUGGGGAUUCGCACCAAUGAAUAUCCCAUCUUUGUCGGGUCGGGUUUUGACCUUUGAACGGGGAUCUCCAGCAGGUACGUUCGGAGCAAGACACCAACCAGAAGGCAGUAAUAGCAGAGACACGGGUAGCUCAGGGCGCCCGCUGCUGGUCUAUGGUCAAAGCGCGCUCCCGCAAUUGGUCUAUGGGAAUCUUGCCUCCGUGUUACCCUUGCAAAACCAGGGAGCCACACCGAAUCUGAUGGCUCCUCUGACUCUUGGCGGAGUGGCUGUGACAGCCAACUCGGAAGCAUUAGCGGCACAGCUGAGCUCACUGCAAGCGCAGCAACAGCAAUUGCAGCAGAUUGGGUACGUAUCCCAGCAAGAGAUCUCCCAGACCUACUUUGCCCUUCUUUGGCAGGAAUUGCAGCGCCAGCUGUCAGUGCUCUUCCUUAUGCAAUCCCAAUCUGCGGAUCCCCAACAGCCUGCGGCCCGGUCAGAGAUUGCCGAAGUGGCAUCGCUGUUGCAUCAGCAUCAAAUUCAGCAACAAAUGGCCGCGGCGCAGUUCUACCAAGCAGCUCUGGCCGAACCCAACCGAAUAUCGGCAUCCACCGACCCGGAAACGAUCGUUCGUGAACUCAACGAACUUCGGCAACAGCAGUUGUCAAAUCUGACCUAUCAAAUUGUCGCCCUCGUGGCCGCCAGUUUGGAGCAUCAGAAUGAGAAUCCUCCGCAGCAAGCGAGGGAUUCGUCCUCCGUCUUUCACAAGAUACUGGUCAAGUAUCUAUUGGCGCUCGUUCUUUUGCAACUGCAGCAACAACAGCAGAACUUGGAGUUCUUGCGACAAGAGAAAACCAAUGUUCUGGCAAUGAUUCGGUCUUUGCGUGGAACUGCUGCUGGGGCGUCCGGUACCGGUGGUGUCACUUCCGCAAUUGGGGCAUCUGGUAGCACGGCCGCAGCUGGCAGCUCUAGUGCUUCUCUAGAAGCUACUGCUACUGCAGUACUAACCGGUGCCUCUGGUGUCACUCCUGCUAAUGGCGCAUCUGGUUCGAGCGCAGCAGGUGCUAGCACUGGUACUUCCACCACUGCAGCCACAGGAGCAGGUGCUGCGCCGACUGCACAAUCUGGUAGCAGCAGCAGUUCAUUGCUCGAUGCACUCCGAAGCGGCUCAGUCGGUGCCAAUGAAAUGGCCUUAUUGGCUGCCGCCACCGGUACCAAUGGACUCACUCCCGCCACUGUUGCGAGCGUUCAGGCAUCUCUCAGAGGCAUGAUCGCUUCAACAAGUCAGAUGGAACCACCAAGGGCGGCGGCGGGUGCUCCAAAUGCCCAGCAAGAUUCCUCGACAAUUCACAACGGAGCUCAAGGAGCUUCUACUGCAUCACCAAGCAGUAACCGUAGUGUGCAAGAACCUAUCACUUCUGAGCAAAUGCCACACAUGCUCGCGGAAGCAGCAAUGCUGAGCCUUUCUCGGGCACAUCAGCUUUUGGCCGAAGCUGCCUUGCUCAUUCCGUUCACCAUCCCGCAAAAUCAGCAGCAGCAACAACAGUCAGGCACUUUCUUGCCAAAUCAAAACAAUAUACCUGCUGCCAAUAUGCCCCCUGCUGCUGCGGGUGCGGGUCCACAAGAAAAUCCUUUCUCAGGGGUAGGGCCGUCGACGUCGGGCGCAGCUUCCACAAGAACCACAGCUGCUCGAUAA